AUGGCGGAGCAAACAGACAUACUGAAAUAUCCUGAAUCCGCUGCCAAAUCCCUAAUAUCCAAACAUAGCGCUGAACUUACGCUGAACCACGAGAAAAGAAGCAAUCUGACUAAUGGAGAGGUUGUAAUUAAUGCUCGCAGUCUAGUGCCGAGUUCAGAGGAGUAUGCUCUCCAGCCCGAGCUCCAUUUGGAGGCAGGUGUUGGUGACGUUCUGCCUGAGAGCGGCCGCUCUAAGUGGGUCAUGGAGUCUGAAGGCGGCCGGCUGGAGCCGUACCUGCCGCGAGCAGGGCCUCGCUCUCGCCGGCGGAGGAGCUGGCUCUGGAACCAGUUCUUCGUGAUCGAGGAGUACAGAGGGCCAGAGCCUGUGCUCAUUGGACGGCUGCACACAGAUAUGGACAAAGGAGACGGGCACACUAAGUAUAUUUUGGAGGGAGAGGGCGUGGGCUCCGUGUUUGUCAUUGACAGCAACACAGGCAACAUACACGUCACCAAGUCUCUAGACCGCGAGGAGAAGGACCAGUACCGGCUCAUUGCAACCGCUAUAGACCGUCAGACUGGCCGAGCCCUGGAGCCUUCCUCCGAGUUCAUCAUCAGAGUGCAGGACAUCAAUGACAACCCGCCUGUCUUCCCUGAUGAACCCUAUGUUGCCAUGGUGCCGGAGAUGGCUAACAUAGGCACGUCCAUAAUCCAAGUCACUGCCAGAGAUGCCGAUGAUCCAACAUAUGGAAACAGUGCCCGGCUGGUGUACGCCAUUACUCAGGGCCAGGACUAUUUCUCUGUGGAUCCCCAGACAGGCGUCCUGCGGACAGCCGCACCUGACAUGGACCGAGAGACACGGGAUGAAUAUCUGGUCGUCCUCCAGGCCAAAGACAUGGGAGGGCAUCUGGGCGGAUUAUCAGGGACCACGACCAUCACUGUGAAGCUGACUGAUGUCAACGACAACCCCCCUCACUUCAGAAGGAGUGCGUGGUCAUUCUCCGUAUCUGAGCUGGCAGCACCAGGUGUGGAGGUGGGCCGCGUCACCGCCACUGAUCCUGAUUUGGGAGAAAACGCACAGCUGGAGUUUACUAUCCUGGAUGCAGAGGAGGCCGAAAUAUUCAAUCUAACUGGAAGAGACCACGAGGCCAUCAUUGUGCUGAACAAGCUGCUGGAUUAUGAGAUGCGCAGUUCAUACACUUUCUCUGUGGAAGUUGCCAACCCUAUAGUGGAUGCCCGGUACCUAAGGAAAGGUCCCUUUAAGGACCAGGCGACAGUCCGGGUCAUGGUCCUUAAUGCUGAUGAGCCGCCGCAAUUCUCCCAGGCUCGGUACCAUCUGGACGUGUCUGAGAACUGCCCCCCUGUCUGUUCUGUUGGCCGGGUCUACGCUGUGGACCCAGACACAGGACAGAGCAGCAACAUCAGGUACUCCAUCGAUCCCCAGUCCGACCCCGAGGCUCUGUUCCGCAUCGCCUCUGACACGGGCUUUAUCAGCACAGUGAUGGAGUUGGACCGCGAGGAGGAGCAGUGGCAUAAUAUCACAGUCAUCGCCACACAGAGGGGUAUGUCAGCUCCCCUGCCCUGGGGCGCAAUGAGCAGCAGAGCUCACCAGACUCAUAUUUCACUGAAAUGUCGGUUUCCUUUUCUUUCAGACAAUCCCAACCUUGUGUCAAGGGUUGUUGUUGCCAUAGAGACAUUAGACCAGAAUGACAAUGCGCCGGAGCUGGACAGGCAAUACACAACAUCUGUAUGUGACUCCAGUGCCCCCGGUCAGGUGGUUCAGGUCCUGCGAGCCAUCGACAGGGACCAAGGAGGCCAGGACACCCCGGUCCACUUCAGCAUCCCUCCAGAGUCCAGCUCCGCGCUCAACCUCACCAUCCGGGAAAUUGGAGGUGUGACAGCCAGCCUGGUGCUCCAGUCAGCCUUGGAGCCCCUCCCUGGCUUCUCCUCAUCCUUACUCACCCUCUACGUGCCAGUUGUGCUACGCGACGGGGCCUCGGGUCUGACCAACACUGGCACGGUCACUGUGACCAUUUGUCCCUGUCUGCGAGGGGGCAUGCAGACAGAGGACAGGGGGAGGCAGAGGGACAGGAGAUGGGAGAGACACAUGGUUUGUCUCCCCGUGCCGUCCGCCUCUACGUCUCUCAUAUUCAGUCUGGUCACCUUACUGGCCAUGCUGGCUUGUGUCACCACUCUGCUGGUGGUGUGUGCACUCUCGCUGUCAUUGCGCCAUCAGAAGCGAGACUCCCACUCGCCCUUCGAGGAGGAUGAUGUCAGGGAAAACAUCAUAUCCUAUGAUGACGAGGGGGGAGGGGAAGCAGACACCGCAGCUUUUGACAUUACAGCGCUUCAGAGCAUGCACAGAAUACAGCACAUGCACAACAACAGAAACAUAUGGUACACCCAGCAGAAUCCGCCGAGGGCCAGGACGUACAGCUGGAGCCGUAACCCGCGCCCCGGUCUGGACCCUCAGCAGCGCCCGGGCUCCGCUCCGCUCUACGGACGCCUCUGCUACGGCAUCCACACGCUGCCUGUUCUCAGAGAUUAUCCAGCUGGGCCACUGGAGGCCGGUCUGCAGCUCACACAGCUGACCCACGGGCUCACCAGAGGUCAAAUUGGCAAUUCCCUCGUCAUCCAGAACCAGAGCACCUUUGAGCCUCUGCUGCGCUCUCCUGAGAUGAGCCCCGGUUGUUACGAAGCAGAACACAUGCUGGCGGAGAGCAAGAUCACAGACAGAAAUGAAGGCAGUGAAGAAAACUCAAAAGAGAGCCAGGAUCAGGCCAAGAUGAGCCCGACAGAAACAGAGUCGACACCAGCCAACAACGCUGCAGAUCUGACCCACUGUGACCCAAAUGAGCCUUCAUGCCAAAGUCACACCAGCUCCUCGUCAAACCAGCAAGAGGGGCGGCCGGGGUCAGCGCAGACUCAGCUCAGCACUGGAGCCACAAGCUGCACUUUAGAUGACAUUGACACUGAUUCCUCACUUCCCUCCGUUUCAGAGCAAAAUUAUUCAAACGGCAGUCAGAUCGGCUCUGUGAACCCCCCUGUUUACCUGACGGGGGACGCGUACAGCAUCGUGGGCUCGCUGAAUCCAAGCAGCAGAGGGACGUGCGUGAACGGGACGAGCGGCGGCGGGUUAUACCCGGCGGGAGUGCAGCUACUAAACAUGUGCGGACUCCAGAGAAAGGAUUUGACCCCACAGCCUUUGUCCUUACCUGGGGGGGCGUUUGGUAACAACAGAGGCUGGGCGGGCGGGGCGGAGCCGGCCAGAGCAGAAGCCCCAAACCCGCAGCCUCUCCGCAUGGAAGACCUCCUGAACAUCCGUCUGGAUCAGGUCACCUUUGACCUGUCGCAGCCGCCCUAUGACUCACUGCAGACUUAUGAGUUUGAGGGCCGUGAUUCAAGGGCUGAGUCACUGAGCUCGCUGGAGAGCGACGGCGAGAAGGACGAUGGGCGCGUGGUGGGGGGGAUGGAGGAGUUAAACCAGAAGUUUCAGCGGCUGGUGGAGAUCAUCAGAGAGCGGGAGAAGGAGAAGGAGGGGGACGGAGGAGAGGCGCGAGUGGCCGAGGGGGGAGAGGCCGCAGAGGCCGCUCUCGAUGAGACUCGUAAACAAAAGGAGGGCAGAGAAAAAGAACAGCAGAAAUGGGAUUUCUAG